AUGAAAAUUAACUAUAUUAGGCUUAAUCCCUGGCGGACACAUUGCCUUUGUGGUAAUACGAUUAAUUCUGCAACCCAAGCACUAGAGUCAGAGUGUCGUGAUAAUUGUCCGGGCGACAUAAGCAAAAAAUGUGGCUUUCAUUGGAGGAUUAACAUCUACAGACAUUGGGGCUGCCCACUCGGAAGUUACAGUGUAAACUGUUCCAAGCAAUGCAAUUGCCGUGCGAGUUCAUGCGACGAUGUGACGGGUGCAUGUGGAAAUGGUGGCUGUAAAGGCGGAUGGAAAGGAAUAGUGUGUAAUGAAAGCUGCCCAACCGGAAGUUACAGCGUUAACUGUUCCAUGGAAUGCCAUUGUCGUGAGGGUCCAUGCGACGGUGUGACGGGUACAUGUGUAAAUGGUAGCUGUAAAGACGGGUGGAUAGGAAGAGCGUGUAAUGAAAGCUGCCCACCCGGAAGUUACAGCGUUAACUGUUCCAAGCAAUGCCAUUGCCGCCAGGGUCCAUGCGACGGUGUUACGGGUGCAUGUGGAAAUCGUGGCUGUAAAGACGGAUGGAAAGGAAAAGCGUGUAAUGAAAGUAUGAUUUAUAUGGGCUGUUAUCAAGAUAGCGGCAACCGAGUCCUGGCAGAUUAUGAUUACUUUUCUGAUUCGAACUCACCAACCGAGUGUUCAAAAGGCUGCAGCGACUACAAGUUUUUCGGAGUGGAGUGGCGGACACAUUGCCUUUGUGGUAAUACGAUUAAUUCUGCAACCCAAGCACUAGAGUCAGAGUGUCGUGAUAAUUGUCCGGGCGACAUAAGCAAAAAAUGUGGCUUUCAUUGGAGGAUUAACAUCUACAGACAUUGGGGCUGCCCACUCGGAAGUUACAGUGUAAACUGUUCCAAGCAAUGCAAUUGCCGUGCGAGUUCAUGCGACGAUGUGACGGGUGCAUGUGGAAAUGGUGGCUGUAAAGGCGGAUGGAAAGGAAUAGUGUGUAAUGAAAGCUGCCCAACCGGAAGUUACAGCGUUAACUGUUCCAUGGAAUGCCAUUGUCGUGAGGGCCCAUGCGACGGUGUGACGGGUACAUGUGUAAAUGGUAGCUGUAAAGACGGGUGGAUAGGAAGAGCGUGUAAUGAAAAGUGUGGCGGGGUCCUGACGGAUCAAAUUGGCGUCAUCACGAGCCCCAACUACCCAUCGAAUUACAACAACACAGUUCGAUGUACCUGGGUCAUUAGCGCACCGGAGGGCUACUGGAUCAAUGUUCAUACUUAA